GUGAAAAACAACAUUUUAAUCCGAAUUUUGCAUUUUUGCCUAUCGCGCCGAUUAAUUUCCAUAGAAACUAACGGACAUAUUUUUAUUUUAAACAUCCGACAAAAUGUCAAAGCUUGUUGUUGUUGUUGUUACAUUUUGAUGAUAACAGACUGCUGUCAAAAGUGUCAUUCCGCAAUAGGAAGAAGAGAUAGUAGAAAACACAAAACACGGCCGCGGAAACAGAGCUGUUUUGUAAUUUAUUAUCGAUUCCCUUAGGGAUUUUAUCGAUUAGUUUGCAAAGGAAAAGCCCAUAAAAUCAAUCGUAUAGUUUGCAGGACAUAAAGUGCUCAACCGUACAACAUGACUGGACGUGGCCGUAAUCAAGGAACGAAACUCGAAACUACCAUCGAGCAGUGUCGCAGUGAAGGACGAUGGAAACGUGUAAUCGAACUGGCGGAAGAGCUGAAAACGGGAUAUCCGCAAGAAUGUCUCGCCAACUUUCUCACUGGUGAAGGAAAGCUUGAAAGCUACCUUGAAGAACACCCUCCGAUAGAGGACAACUACUCCAAAGCUAAGUUGGGACUGUCCGAGGCUAAGCGUUAUCUAAACUCCGUGACUGGUGAGAACGGCAAAAAGGCUGGCUUUGCAUUGGAUGCACAUUUGCUACUUGCUAAGCUGUACUUUGCAUGCGGCCAAUAUGAAGAGUCGCUGCAGAACUUUGUGCUGGCGGAAUUGAACACACUGUCGGAGAAGCAUCUUUCAUCAAGAAGCAUAAGAAUACUAGCGGAAUCGUACGCCAUCAAGGGUAUGUGCCUGGAGAAGAAGGGCUCCAAAGCACCGUCCAAGUUUAAGCAGGCCGAACAGGAAACGGAAAUGAUAACUUGCUUUGAACGAGCGGCCGAUCUCGGUAUUCUUUACCUGCAGGGUCAGGACAAUAACAAUCAGGGUGAAGUUCGUCGAAUGGGUGCUAUUCUCGAGACAGGGCUGCAGAGGGCUCCGAUCGUACUGAUAAAGGCAGGCAAACUGCAAAACGCCAUUGACCGUUACCGGGUGAUGUUGAGUGCGAUCGAAACGAAGGCAACCCAAACGCUACGGCUUACCCUUGCCCGUCAGCUGGCGGAAGUGUUGUUGCGCGGCGUAUCGGGCACUAUAUACACUCUACCGGCUAGUAACACCCCAACGCGCAGUGCAUCCGGUGGUAACAAGCGUCUCUGGGAGCCGCGCAAAUAUUCUGGCCGGCAACAAUUCAUCCCAAAGAAUCAACACGAGGAAACGAUCCUUCUGCUGCUUAUCGCGGAAACCCUCGCCGUCCGUGAUGCGGUUCUGUCCCAAUCGCCCGAGUUCCGCGAUGCACGCGUACACUCGCUGGGCAAUGCAACGGCGAUAUACGAUCUAUUGACGUUGGCCACGGUACGAUGGAAUCAGGUUGCGCUGCUGCACGAUUCGCUCGAAAAGGCACUGAAGUUUGCCUUCGGUGAAAGCCACGUGUGGAAGCAGUACGCCACCUGUUUGAUGGCACUCGGACGCUACAAGCAUGCCGUCUGCGCUCUUAAGCAACAUUCCAAUCUAGAGCCUGGGGAUAGCGUGUCAUGCCUGAUGGCUGCUCGCGUUUGUUACGAACAUUUGGAUCAGGUGAAGGAAGGUCUUGCUUUCGCUGAGGAAGCACUGCGCAAAGAGCUCAAAAGUCCUAUCGGACGAAGAUCGCGUGCUCAGCUUUACGUCGGUAUUGGACUGCAGCAAAUGGCCGUAUCAUCGAACUUGGUUUCCGAGCGCGAUCGUUACAAUCGGCUAGCGUACGAAGCGCUCGAACGUGCUGUUCAGCAGGAUCCAAACGAUCAUCUGGUGGAGUACUAUUUGGCCUGCCAGCAUGCACACAAUUACAACAUUACGGAAGCGCUGGUGCACAUCACGACCGCACUGUCGCUGCGUGCCGAGCAUGCAUCCAGCUUAUUGCUAUUCGCGCUGCUACUUACGGCUAACCGACGGCCAAAGGAAGCACUUGCCGUGGUUCAGGAUGCAGUCGAAGAGUUCCCGGACAAUUUAAAUCUUCUGCACGUGAAGGCACACCUGGAGCUGUAUCUGCGCGAUGUCGAGACGGCGCUGGAAACGGUACAGCAGAUGUUUGCCAUCUGGCGAGAGGUUUACGAGGUGCAGCUUGCCAACGCGGCCAACGAACAUGAUAACGAGAAGCAUUCGGAUACGCGCAGCGUCAUUCAGAUGCAAUCGUCCCAAAUGUCCGACAAAGAUUCCAAUUCUAUUCACGCUGCGUCGCUGGCAGCAUCGCGCAUUGAACAUGCACUUAGCGAAGCGGCAAGCUCACUGAGUUCGUUCAGUCCUCGACCGGGGCCACAGAAAGCUUGGAUGAUUCAAUUCAAGAUAUGGCUUCUGCUGGCAGACGUGUACCUAGCAAUCGAACAACCGAAUGAAGCAAUCAACUGCAUCCAGGAAGCAAGCCUAAUUAAUCCCGUUUCGCACCAGGUUAUGUACAUGCGCGGCCAAAUUCAUAUCUUCCAAUCGCAGUGGCAUGAAGCAAAACAGUGCUUCCUCAAUGCCGUUUCGGCCAAUCCAUACCACACGGACGCUUUGCGCGCUUUGGGCGAAGCACAUCUGACGCUCGGUGAGCCGCGGCUGGCGGAAAAGACGCUAAAGGAUGCUGCUAAGAUUGAUCCCAAUUGUCCCAAGAUAUGGUUUUUGCUCGGACGUGUUAUGGAAAGUCUUGGUGAUUAUACGGCUUCGGCCGAUUGCAUGUCGACGGCUUUACAGCUGGAACCAUACUGCCCCGUGCUACCGUUCAACGCAAUCGGACUUGUUUUUGAUUAAGGAUACGGCAAGACGUUUUGUCUUGCUCGUAACAGCUAACUCAACACCACCCAGUCCGAUGUUGAAACAUUCAGCCGGUGAAGACAUUCGAUGCCUAUCUAUUUGACAAUUCUUCUUCGAUCGUUGACUAAUUUUAGGAUUCAGAUAAUCGACCAGUGUUAUGUUUUUCACCUCCUUCUUUACAUUGCCCAUUUGUAUUCCGGCGUGAACAUAAUCAUAUCAGUUUUAAUAUCGCAACAGCAAUAUAAAGUAGAUGGUCUCUUUUAAAACAAAAGUAUUAUGCCAAGUUGUCGUUGUCAUUCUUCGGUAGGGCUAAUAAUAUGGUUCCUUUUUUUGUUGGGGUCGGAUGCAUUUUUAGGGUUUUCAUGUUUGUUACUCGUUAAGACCUAAAUGCCCAAUAAUACUGCUCCGAAGUAAUUUUGCUUUAUCACUCUGUGAUCGUAUCGUUAUUAGUAAGUAAAUAUGUGGUGUUUACUAGGGGCAUAUGUUUGAAAGAGGUUAAUCCAUCUUAGGUAUUCAAUAGGCGAACAUAUAUAGUACCUUCGCUCACUUCUCUACAGCGGAAUCAUGAUGUAUUAUCAAUGAGACAUGUUUAAGGAAAUGGAAACCAAAUAUAUGUAUACAAUAAAGUUCGGACAUGGUUAAAUCAAUGCA